AUGGAUGUUCGUCAGGUGCUGCAGAGUACUCUCGCGCCAGACGCUGCGGAGCGUACCAAUGCCGAGCAACAGCUCGCCCACGCGGCUGAGGUCGACUUCGCCGCAUACCUUAUCACACUGGGUCAAGAACUGGCCAACGAUGAGAGCCCCGCUCACAUUCGUGUCGCUGCCGGUAUCGCCUUGAAGAACGCCUUCACCUUCCGAGACCAGGCUAAGCUGCGCGAGGUACAACUGCGAUGGGUUCAACAGAUUACUCCCGAGACCAAGACACAGAUCAAGGAGCUCGCCCUCAAGACCUUGCACUCUACCAAUUCCCAGUCUGGAAAUGCCGCCGCUACUUUGAUCGUCUCGAUUGCUGCUAUCGAGCUGCCCCGCAAUGAGUGGCCAGAUCUGAUGAACAUUCUCGUCCAGAACGUGGCCAGCGGAACCGACUCCCUCAAGCAGUCUUCCCUGACCACCAUUGGUUACAUCUGCGAAUCGCAAGACUCCGACCUCCGCGCCAGCCUGGUCCAACACUCCAAUGCUAUCCUCACUGCCGUCGUGCAGGGUGCUCGCCGGGAGGAGGCGAACAUGGAUGUUCGAUUCGCCGCCAUCAACGCCCUUAGUGAUGCCGUUGACUUUGUGCGUUCGAACAUGGACAACGAGGGCGAACGCAACUACAUCAUGCAGGUUGUCUGUGAGGCCACUCAGGCCGAGGAUCUUCGCGUGCAGGGCGGUGCUUUCGGCUGCCUGAACCGUAUCAUGGGCGCUUACUACGAAAAGAUGCGCUUCUACAUGGAGAAGGCCCUGUUUGGCCUUAGCAUCAUGGGCAUGAAGAGCGAGGAGGAGGAAGUCGCUAAGCUUGCCAUCGAGUUCUGGUGCACCGUCUGCGAGGAGGAAAUUGCUAUCGAGGACGACAACGCGGAAGCUGCUCAGGAAGGUAUCGAGCCUCGUCCAUUCUUCGGCUUUGCCCGUGUCGCCACCCGCGAGGUUGUCCCUGUCCUUCUGCAGGCCAUGUGUCGUCAGGACGAGGACGCUGGUGACGACGAGUACAACGUCUCGCGUGCCGCCUACCAGGCCCUGCAGCUCUACGCUCAGUGCGUACAAGGUGAUGUUAUCCAACCCGUUGUGGGCUUCGUUGAGGAGAACAUUCGUAACGAAGACUGGCGCCGUCGCGAUGCCGCCGUCGCCGCCUUUGGUGGUAUCAUGGAGGGUCCCGAGCCCCGCGUUCUGGAACCCCUUAUCAAGCAGGCCCUGCCAGUCCUUCUUGGCAUGAUGGAGGAUGCUUCCGUUUCGGUUCGCGACUCCACUGCCUAUGCUCUUGGUCGCGUUUGUGACUGCUGCCCUGAGGUCCUCGACCCCGAGGUUCACCUGCAGCCUCUUAUUUCCUGCCUCUUCAACGGCCUCGCUAGUAGCCCCAAGAUUGCCAGUUCCUGCUGUUGGGCUUUGAUGAAUGUUGCCGAUCGAUUUGCUGGCGAUGCAGGCUCCCAAACCAACCCCUUGUCCAAGCACUUCGAGGAGAGUGUCAAGUCACUCCUGACUGUGACCGAGCGGUACGUAUUUACCCAUUUCGACCUUAAACUUCGUAUCGGAAGUUAUACCAUAAAGUAUAUCCCUAAUCGCAUCCUUAUCAAAUCUAGACAGGAUGCUGAUAACCAGCUCCGCACUGCUGGGUACGAGGUUCUCAACUCCUUCGUGCUCAACUCCGCCAAUGACAGCCUCCCCAUGGUUGCCACCCUUUCCGACGUCAUCCUUCAGCGCCUAGAGCACACCAUUCCCAUGCAGCAACAGGUUGUCAGCGUUGAGGACCGCAUGCUUCUUGAGGAGAUGCAGACUAGCUUGAUCAGUGUCAUCCUGGCCAUCGUCCAACGCUUCGAGACCGAUAUCAAGCCCCAGGCUGACCGCAUCAUGACGGUCCUUCUGCAGGUUCUGCAGACCGUGGGUGCUAAGUCUAGCGUCCCCGAUGUCAUUUUUGCCACCGUUGGUGCUAUCGCUAGUGCCUUGGAGGAGGACUUCCUCAAGUACAUGGAGCAGUUCAGCCCCUUCCUGUACAACGCUCUUGGCAACCAAGAGGAGCCUGCUCUCUGCUCCAUGGCCAUUGGCCUGGUCAGUGACAUUGCUCGUGCUCUGAACGAGAAGGUUCAGCCUUUCUGCGACACAUUCAUGAACCUUUUGCUUAGCAUUUUGCGAACCUCUACCAACCAGCUCAAGCCCGCCAUUCUCGAGACUUUUGGUGAUAUUGCUCAGGCUAUUGGAACUCACUUUGAUACUUACCUCACCGUCGUCGGCGGUGUUCUCCAGCAGGCCUCUUCGGUCACCACUAGCUCCGACCUGCCCUUCGACAUGGUCGACUACAUUGUCUCUCUGCGCGAGGGUAUUAUGGAUGCCUGGGGUGGUAUCCUGCUUUCCUACAAGGGUAAGCCCCAGAUCGCGCAACUUCAGCCCUUCAUCGAGUCCAUUUUCCAGCUCCUGCACAUCAUUUCGCAGGAGAGCACUCGCAGUGAGGGUCUGAUGCGCUCCUCCAUGGGUGUUCUCGGUGACCUUGCGGAUGCCUUCCCCAACGGCGAGCUUGCUGCCUAUUUCCGCAACGACUGGGUUACCGCCCUGGUUCGUGAGACUCGCACCACCCGCGCCUUUAGCCCGCGGACCAUCGAGACUGCUCGUUGGACUCGGGAGCAGGUCAAGCGCCAAAUCAACAUGGCCUAG